AUGUUCCGCUCAAUGCUUCCUGCGCGGAGCGCUCUCCGUACUGCGAGACCUCAGGUCGUCGUUCCUUCGCCCAUCGUCCCUGCCCCUUCGCUGAGUCUUUUCGGUCGACGAGGAUACGCCUCUCAGUCGGAUGAUCAUGACCUUGUCAUUAUUGGAGGUGGUGUUGCUGGAUAUGUUGCCGCUAUCAAGGCUGGACAAGAGGGUCUGAAGACUGCUUGCAUUGAAAAGCGUGGAACUCUCGGUGGUACCUGCUUGAACGUCGGCUGCAUUCCUUCAAAAUCCCUUCUCAACAACUCCCACCUAUAUCACCAGAUCCUCCACGACACAAAAAAGCGCGGUAUCGAGGUCGGAGAAGUGAAAUUGAACCUUGACCAAAUGUUGAAAGCCAAGGAUACUUCGGUUGAGGGUCUUACAAAGGGUGUUGAGUACUUGCUCAAGAAGAACGGUGUGGACUACGUUAAGGGUACUGGUAGCUUCGUCAACGAAAAUGAAGUCAAGGUCAACCUGAUCGACGGCGGCGAGCGCACUCUGCGCGGUAAGAACAUCAUCAUCGCUACCGGUAGCGAGUCAACACCAUUCCCCGGUCUGACGAUCGACGAGGAGAGAAUAAUCACCAGCACUGGCGCUUUGUCUCUCAAGCAAGUUCCCAAGAAGAUGGUUGUUAUUGGUGGAGGUAUUAUUGGUCUGGAAAUGGCUUCGGUCUGGAGCAGGUUGGGUGCUGAAGUCACCGUCGUUGAGUUCUUGGGCCAAAUCGGUGGCCCCGGAAUGGACGCUGAAAUUUCCAAGGCUACCCAGAAGAUUCUCGCUAAGCAGGGCAUCAAGUUCUUGACCAACACCAAGGUCACCAGCGGCGAUACCAGUGCUUCGACCAUUGCUCUCAAUGUUGAGGCUGCCAAGGGUGGUAAGGAACAGAAAUUGGAUGCGGAUGUUGUUCUCGUUGCCAUUGGCCGACGACCAUACACCUCCGGACUAGGAUUGGAGAACAUUGGUAUUGAGGCCGACGAUAAGGGACGAUUGGUCAUUGACCAGGAGUACCGCACCAAGCUUCCUCACAUUCGUGUCAUUGGUGACGUCACUUUCGGCCCUAUGCUUGCCCACAAGGCCGAAGAGGAGGCCGUUGCUGCUAUCGAAUACAUUACAAAGGGUCACGGCCAUGUCAACUACGCUGCUAUUCCCAGCGUUAUGUACACCCACCCCGAAGUCUCUUGGGUCGGCCAGACCGAGGAGGACCUGAAAAAGGCUGGUAUCAAGUACAACAAGGGAAGCUUCCCCUUCUCCGCCAACAGCCGUGCGAAGACCAACUUGGAAACAGACGGAAUCGUUAAAUUCCUUUCCGAUGCCGAGACCGACCGCAUCCUUGGUGUUCACAUCUUGGGACCCAACGCCGGAGAAAUGAUUGCCGAGGCCACCCUGGCUAUUGAAUACGGCGCCUCAAGCGAGGACGUUGCUCGCACAUGUCACGCCCACCCAACUCUCGCCGAAGCCUUCAAGGAGGCUGCCAUGGCCACCUACUCCAAGGCCAUCCACUUCUAA